AUAUUUUUUUGUAGUUUGGUUUGUCUGUGUACGGGGCACUUUGCUCACAUGAAACGUUCCUGCUAAAUUAUUCGAAUGACUGACCAAUGCGAUACGCCGACUCCUCACGCUGGUCGCCGGCUGACAACAAAAACUCGACUCGAGUUCGAUUUCCGAAUCGAACAUUCAAACAGCGUUUUUAAUUCAUUAUUUGUGGUAGGUUGUAAAGAAAAAUGAGCAAUUCCGUUUUUAUACUCGACAACGGGGCCAACACGGCAAAGGUCGGUUUAGCCAAUGAAACACCCAAAUUAGUUCCGAACUGUAUAAUGAAAGCGAAGAGCGAACGUCGCAGACCUUUCGUAGGGAAUCAAAUCGAGGAGUGCAGGGACGCUUCCGGAUUGUUUUAUCUUUUACCGUUUCAGAAAGGUUAUCUGGUGAAUUGGGACGUUCAGAAAACAGUGUGGGAUUACAUAUUUUCGAAAGAGUCUUGCUCGGUUAAUUUGAGCCAGUCAUCCGUGAUCGUGACUGAACCUCUGUUCAACUUUCCGAGUAUUCAGGAAGCGAUGACGGAGAUCUUCUUCGAGGAAUAUGAAUGUCACAGUCUGCUGGCGAUGAACGCGACAAGUCUGUCGUGUUACAAUUACAGAGCGGAACAUCCUACCGCGAAAUGUUGCAUAGUGGUGGACAGUGGUUACAGUUUUACUCACAUUGUACCUUAUGUUAACGACGUGAAAGUUAAAGAAGGUAUACGAAGGAUAGAUGUGGGUGGUAAGCUUCUUACGAAUCAUCUAAAGGAGAUAAUAUCUUACCGCCAGUUGCACGUCAUGGACGAGACUUACGUUAUAAAUCAAGUCAAGGAGGACAGCUGUUUCGUGUCUCAAGACUUCUUCAAAGACAUGGAACGAGCCAAGUGCAAGUUGGACAAUAACACCAUUGUCAAGGAUUACGUUUUGCCAGAUUACACGACGUUGCGACGCGGCUAUCUGAAAGAUCCGGAACCGUCCAACGAGCAGCAAACGUUGCGCCUGUGCAACGAGAGAUUUGCAAUACCGGAAAUAUUGUUUCACCCGUCGGAUGUCGGCAUCCGACAAAUGGGCAUACCCGAGACUAUCUUAGAUUCCAUAAAGUCGUGCAGCGAGGAAAUGUGGCCGCAUUUUCUGUCCAAUAUUAUUCUCACCGGUGGCAAUGCGAAGUUUCCGGGUUUCAAAGACAGAAUUUACAAAGAAGUUAGAAGUUUGGCUCCGACGGAAUACGCCAUAAAUGUUCACUUACCACAAAAUCCCAUUACCUAUGCAUGGCACGGUGGAAAACAACUUUCACAAGACGCGACGUUCUCCAAUUUGUUGAUAAAAAGAGAAGAAUACGAAGAAGAAGGACCAUCCAUAUGCUUUGAAAAGUUUGACGUAUAAUUCUUCAAUUUUUUUAACAGUGC